GAGACAAACAAGCAAAACCUCCUUUAGCUGCAGAAAUCUAACUUCUGAUUCAGAGAACAAUUGAAAAUGAUAGUGAGAACUCUCUCACUAUCAAAGCUCAGAAAGCUUCUCAGUUCAUCCUCUCUCUCUACCUAUACAUACAGAAGGCCUGUAUAUAACUUCAACCCUUCUUUAAUCCUUGUCGGCUCACCCACUUUCUCGUCCUCCUUGCAAAACCCUGCUAAAACCCUACCACUGUUGUUUUUGACUAGAUAUUUUUCUACCCAACAAUUGAAAAACCAGUCUUUUACCAAUAUAACGCUGUCCAGAGAUGGAAACUACGACGAGGCCGCUUCAGAUACCAUCCCCGUGUGCCCUGGAUGUGGUAUCUAUAUGCAAGACUCUGACUCUAAGCAACCUGGGUUUUUCGUUAAACCCUUGCCCAAAAGCCAUAGAGACAAGAAAAUCGGUAAGAAAGGGUCUUUUGUUGACGAGUCUGAAAUCCCAGAUAUACUCAAAAGAGGUCUUUUGAAUGAGAUAGUAGAAAUUGAAAAACCUGAAAACCCCGGCAUUCCUGAUGAAGUUUUUGAUGAAAACUCGAAAACUGUCAAAAAUCUUGGAAGCCCAGAUGAAAAAGUUAAUGAAAAGCCAAUUGUGUGUGCGAGAUGUCACAGUUUGAGGCACUAUGGACUGGUGAAGGAGCCGGGUGCGGAAAUCUUGUUACCGGAUUUUGACUUUGAUCACACUGUUGGGCGGAGGUUGAUCUCGAUAACUGGGGCGAGGACUGUUGUUUUGAUGGUGGUGGAUGCCGUAGAUUUCGAUGGGUCCUUUCCCAAGAAAGUGGCUGAAUUGGUUUCGAGAACUAUUGAUGAGAACUCGCGAUCAUGGAAGGAGGGUAAGUCAGGGAAUUUGCCUAGGGUAGUGUUGGUGGUGACAAAGAUUGACCUUUUGCCUAGCUCCUUAUCACCUACUAGGCUAGAGCAUUGGGUUAGGGCAAGGGCAAGGGAGGGUGGGUCUGGGAAAUUGACUAGUGUGCAUUUGGUGAGUGCAGUGAGGGACUGGGGAGUGAAGAACUUGGUGGAUGAUGUGGCCGGGUUGGCAGGGCCAAGAGGGCAAGUGUGGGCAAUAGGGGCACAGAAUGCCGGAAAGAGCACGUUGCUCAACGCAAUAGGAAAGUGUGUUGGCAGGAAGUUGACUCAUUUGACAGAAGCGCCAGUGCCAGGGACCACAUUGGGGAUUGUGAGAAUGGAGGGAGUGUUUCCUGGGAAUGCCAAGUUGUUCGAUACUCCUGGUCUUUUGCAUCCACAUCAGAUAUCAACUAGGUUGACCAGGGAGGAGCAGAAGCUAAUUCAUAUAGGGAAAGAAUUGAAGCCAAGAACAUACAGGGUCAAGGCAGGGCAUUCUGUUCAUAUUGGGGGACUGAUGAGGCUGGAUAUUGAAGAAUCAUCCGUAGAUUCUAUUUAUGUAACAGUAUGGGCAUCUGCUCUUCUUCCACUGCACAUGGGGAAGACAGAAAAUGCUUGCAAGAUGUUGGAAGAUCAUUUUGGCCGUCAAUUACAACCUCCCCUUGGAGAAGGGCGAGUUGAGGAGCUUGGGAAAUGGGUGAAAAAGGAAGUUAGUGUUAGUGGCAGCUGGUGGGAUUCAAGUUGUGUUGAUAUUGCUGUUGCUGGUCUUGGUUGGUUUGCAAUCGGACUAAAGGGAGAGGCUCGACUAGGUGUUUGGACCUAUGAUGGAGUUGAUGUUGUCGUUCGAAAUGCUUUGCUUCCUCAGAGAUCACACAAAUUUGAAGUUGCAGGCUUUACCGUUUCAGAAAUAGUCUCCAAAGCUGAUCGAGCUAGAAAUAAGCAGCGCAAGAAUGAAAAGAAGAGAAAACCUAUCGACUCAGCUGUAGCAUAUCCUACAUCGUCAUUGACUAUUGAUGCAGAAUCAUAAUUAGCAUCCCCUUAUACAUCAGAUGUGGCUUUAAAUUCAGCCAACCCGGCAUAGUGACAUCCUGGAGAAACAAAAGAUGAUGGGAAAUAUUUUUAGUAGAAUGGAGGUAAGUGUGCUUCGUGUUCAAGUGAUGGAGAAAUUUAAAUUGACGUUUCUUUGUCCUCCUCCAGUCCUGUGAAAGAGAAGCAAUCUGAGGUUUCUUUAAUCAGUGAGAUACAUGACUUUUGAAAGUGUGCCCUACUACAUCAAACUGUCGAUAUUACUGCAGAGAUUGAGAGAUGCCAAUAUGGUGAUGCUGUUCGACAAUGGACUUGUUAUUACAUUUUUUUUUUUUUUUUAAUCUUUGGCGGUUUUCUUGGCUGGGUUUCUCAUCCCAACCUAGUCCUGGAGAUGGUGGCACUUAAUAGCCAUAUUUCUAUCUAAUGUCUCUUUAUUUUCUAACAAAAGAUUUACCUAAGCUUUGUGUAGCAUCCCUUUUUAUGUAGCAUUCAAAUUGAAUAAUUGUGAAAUUAUGUUCGAAGACGUUGUUUUUCC